AUGUGUCUAAUAGUGCUACUAACGACGACGAUGGUUCCAGUGAUGACCAGGGCGCAGAUGAUCAGCACGCCCUGCACAUCGUCAAUGAUCACCAGCUUCACACCUUGCAUCAACUUCGUCACGGGGAGCAGCAGCAACGGGACCUCCCCCGCCGCAAGCUGCUGCGGGGCGCUCAAGGAGCUGGUGGCCGCAAGCAUGGACUGCGCUUGUCUUUUGGUGACGGCCAAUGUCCCCAUUCAGCUGCCCUUCGGCGGCCCUCUCUCCAUUCCCCUCCCCAGGCCCUGCAAAAUGGCCGUCCCCUUGCGCUGCAAAGCUUCUGGGUCUCCUCUGCCGGCACCUGGGCCGGCUAUUUUUGGCCCAUCCUCUCCACCUAGUCCUUCUAGCCCACAAGGUAUUUUAUUUUUUUCAAUUAGUCAAAAAAAUGUCUCCAUAUUAUCGAGUUUUUUGCUCAAGAAACUUGCUGUGGUUUAUGUGGCAGCUUCGGCGGCAGCAGAUGCGCCAGCUUCACAUUCCACGGGGACCCUGCCACUUUCGCCCCCGGCAAUCUCGCCGGAAGCUGGUGACCCCACCGACGGGACUCUACCUUUUGUUAACACCUCGGAGUCCGUUUCAUCACACGACGUGCCACCGGCGGCUUUCCUGCUAAUAACUAUGGCGAUCAUACUAGUAACUUAUAAUUGUUUCUAA